AGAUAAGUUGCAAAGCCUAGUUUCAGGCCCAGAGCUUUCUAAAUUCUCACACUCAAAAAAAAAAAAAAAAAUGGUUCUCCUGUGCUCUCUCUAUCUGCACAGAAGAGUCGGCUCCCCCUAGAAUUAGGGAUUUCAGUUCUUUUAAAGUUCGUUCGUUUUCUGUGUCCAAGAACAAACCCUAGAAGACGACACAACCUUAGUUUCGCCGCUUUAUCUCGAAAAAAUGGCAACUCUUGCUGAUUCUUUCCUAGCUGACCUGGACGAGUUAUCUGACAAUGAAGCUGAUAUUAUUGAGGAAGAUGAAGGUGAUGCCACAAACAUGGAAGAGGACAUCGAUGGGGACAUGGAAGAUAUAGAAGCUCUUAACUAUGAUGACCUGGACAAUGUUUCAAAAUUGCAAAAAACUCAAAGAUAUACUGAUAUAAUGCAGAAAGUUGAAGAAGCACUUCAGAAGGGUUCUGCUACUUCAGAUCAUGGAAUAGUAUUAGAAGAUGAUCCAGAAUACCAGCUAAUUGUGGAUUGUAAUGCUCUGUCUGUCGAUAUUGAGAACGAAAUUGUUAUUAUCCACAAUUUCAUUCGUGACAAGUAUCGCUUGAAAUUUCCGGAGCUUGAAUCACUUGUGCAUCACCCCAUUGAUUAUGCUCGUGUUGUGAAAAAGAUUGGCAAUGAGAUGGAUCUUACCCUUGUUGAUCUGGAGGGGCUUUUACCCUCAGCUAUUAUUAUGGUGGUUUCAGUUACAGCGUCAACCACAAGUGGUAAGCCACUCCCAGAAGAGGUCCUCCAAAAGACAAUUGGCGCAUGUGAUCGAGCUCUUACUCUUGAUUCAGCAAAGAAGAAGGUCCUUGAUUUUGUGGAAAGCAGAAUGGGAUAUAUUGCACCAAAUUUAUCUGCGAUUGUUGGAAGUGCUGUCGCAGCCAAACUUAUGGGAACUGCAGGGGGGCUCUCAGCAUUAGCUAAGAUGCCUGCUUGUAAUGUUCAGCUUCUAGGUGCCAAGAAAAAGAAUCUUGCAGGGUUUUCUACUGCAACAUCACAAUUCCGUGUUGGUUAUCUUGAGCAGACAGAGAUUUUCCAAACCACCCCCCCUUCUUUGAGGAUGCGAGCCUGUCGGCUCUUAGCUGCUAAAUCAACCCUUGCAGCACGUGUGGAUUCUACCAGAGGAGAUCCAUCAGGAGCUGCUGGAAGAGCAUUUAGGGAAGAGAUUCGCAAGAAGAUUGAAAAAUGGCAAGAGCCUCCUCCUGCAAAGCAACCUAAACCACUUCCAGUUCCUGAUUCAGAACCGAAAAAGAAGAGAGGUGGCCGUCGGUUAAGGAAGAUGAAGGAAAGAUAUGCAGUAACAGAUAUGAGGAAGCUGGCUAACAGGAUGUUAUUUGGUGUACCUGAAGAGAGUUCCUUAGGUGAUGGACUGGGGGAGGGUUAUGGAAUGCUUGGUCAGGCUGGGAGUGGCAAACUCCGUGUCUCACUUGGCCAGAGCAAACUUGCUGCAAAAGUUGCUAAGAAGUUCAAGGAAAAAAAUUAUGGAAGCAGCGGUGCUACUUCUGGGCUGACGUCAAGUCUGGCAUUUACUCCUGUGCAGGGGAUUGAGCUCACAAAUCCGCAGGCUCAUGCACACCAACUCGGCAGUGGAACUCAAAGUACCUACUUCUCAGAGACUGGUACAUUUUCAAAAAUCAAGCGGACCUAAGCUAUAGAACGUUUUGCUUAUAUUGCUCACAAGUUGUCCCGAUGAAACUUGUUACAAACCUAAUGACGUAAGUAUCCAGAAUUUAUGUAUCUAUUAUAUAAAGGAUGUGAGAUUGUAGCUGCAGAUUAUGCCAGAGUAGUAUACCUUUUUUA